AUGAAUUAUAAUGAUGUUCAAAAACAACUUCAACAUAUGAUUGCAUUUAUCGAGCAAGAAGCCAAUGAAAAGGCUGAGGAAAUUGAUGCUAAAGCUGAUGAAGAAUAUUCAAUUGAAAAGGGUCGUUUAGUUCAACAACAACGUACAAAAAUUAAUGAAUAUUAUGACAAAAAGUUGAAACAAGUUGCACUCCAAAAAAAAAUUCAAGGUUCACAAAUGUUUAAUGAAGGAAGACUCCAAGUUUUAAGAGCUCGAGAGGAAUAUCUUAACGGUGUUAUUGAUGAAGCUAGAAAUCAAUUGACCAAUAUCACAGCAUCUGACAAGUAUGAAGAUAUCCUUGAAGGAUUAAUCAAACAAGCUUUAUUUCAGUUACUCGAAAAUGAAGUAACUCUGAAAUGCCGUGAAAAUGACCUUUCAUUGGUAAAUAAAAUACUACCAAAAUGUGUCGAAGAUUUAAACAGACAAUGGGAUGAAAAAUGCACAGUUAACAUAGAUACUAAAAAUUUUUUACCAUCCACCAGUGCUGGUGGAGUUGAAGCAUCCGCAAAAAACGGUAAAAUCAUAGUGGUGUCUACUCUCGAAUCAAGACUAAAUCUUAUUGCGAAUCAAAUAACGCCACAAUUACGAACAGCAUUAUUUGGACCAAAUCUAAGUAGAACACACUUUGACUAA